CUGGUUCUGGCUUGAGGACAAGACCUUUUAAAUGGCGAAGUCCCGAAAAGGACACUGUGGUUCUAAUCUUGUUGAUAACACUUUUCAUUGUUGCAUAUGUCUAGAAGGGGUAAGGAAUCCAAAGUACUUGCCAUGUUUCCAUACGUUUUGUGAGAUUUGCAUUCAAACGUACAUUUCAAGUACGGCGGCACGUAAGGAUAACGAAACUCUGAACGCCAUCGAAUGUCCCGUGUGCAGAAAACGUAUCGAAGCUCCAAAUAAUGACAUUACAAGCGAGGAGGAGUGGGCGCUUGCUUUGCCACAAAACAAACUGAUUGUGAGCAUGCCAGUAGAUCCCAAAAAGGAGGAAAACCAAUUCUGUAUGUUUUGCAAACGAAAUGACAAGAACGUUACUGCGAAGCAUUGGUGUAAAUCAUGCAUGGAAUCGAUCUGUGACGAUUGUAAAUGUUUUCAUUCGUAUGUUCCCAUUCUUCAGAGACACAAAAUCUUAAGCCUCUCGGAUGCACAUGAGUUGAAAAAUGACAUUGAAGUUGACGAAUCUUGCUCCAUACACAAGGGGAAAUUUCUUGUGGUAUAUUGCACGGAUCACGACAAACUUUGCUGCAGCAUCUGUUUUGCCACCGAACAUAGAAUGUGUAAGCAAGUACAGGCCAUUGAAGAUGUAGCAACAGAGAUGGAUCAAGUCAGAGUUCAACAUAAACUGAUAUUGUUCAAAGAUCUGCUGGAAACUCUUAUGAAUAUGCGGGAAAAAUACAGAGAUAAAGUAACCACACUAAACAGCAGAAAACAUUAA